ACUCAGCAUCACAUACCAGUCUUCUACAUUUCACAUAGUGUUACAACAUGAGUAGUGCAAAUGUGCAAGACGACAAGGGGGGUUUAAAAACCGAGGGCGUUACGUUAAAUGAAGAAGACUGGUAUGAGGUAUUGAAUCAAGAAGGCAUUAUAACCAAUUUUUUCUUCAGUGAUGAUAUUUUCCAUCCGAUCCAAGGUAACUCCUUCUGUAUCAGCUUUGCUAGAUUUCCAGAUUUUCAAACCAUCAAAAUUGAAGAUCGGUAGAGUAACGUAGUUUAUUUGGGUAAAGAGAC